CACGAAUAUAAAUCUCAAUAAUAAAUACAAGGAACUAAAUAGAGUAGGCUACUUGUUCGAUAUGAAACUGCUUCAAACUAGUUACUAAUAGAAGGCUGUGUGUUCAAUAUAAAGCUGCUUGUUUUGUUCUGAGGACAGAAAGCACACGUAGUCAUCCAGUGCUACAGCUAUACUCGUGCACAGAUACCAUUACAGCUAUCAUUGCACGGAAGCAUCAACGAUUGUAUUAGUGCGACAGAUACGAUGAAUGGUUUACCGCCUCCCACUAUAGACGAAUGAAAUCAAUCGCUUGCUACGUGACAAAGUAGAAGGUAGUACCACCUCGGUGAGAGUGCACAGAAUUAUAAAGCACACAGUCACUGCGACUCGGCCGAUUGUCGCAAAAGCACAGCACGUACGGAGAUUGCAAGGCAAGCCCUGCAUUCAAGUUCAGAGGCACUCACGAUCCAGACGCACAUACAUGCAAUUAUACCAGCUACACACAGGGUCUAGUUCAGUAGGCAAGAAAGCCGUACCUCCCAAAGUUAUUAGUCAAAGUACCAAUUUGAUUGAGUGUAUCGGAUCUGUACUGAAUUUUGUAGCUCAUCUCGCAACCAUACGAUGCGUUUUAACGCCGUAACUGUUGCACUGCUGUGCGUUGCGAUCAUCACGUUCUGUUCCGUCGCAUUCGUAAACAGUGUGGUGACGGUUCCCUACAUGGACGAGAUAUUCCACAUCCCGCAAGCGCAAAGGUACUGUCAACUGGACUUUACGUGGGAUGACAAGAUCACCACCCUGCCCGGCCUCUACUUGGUCACACUGGCGACACUGGAGCCCCUCUCGUACUUCCUGGACAUGAAGGGUGUUUGCACAACUGCGUCAUUACGCUACGUCAACUGUGUGUUUGCACUGGGUACGGCGGUGUGUGCGCAGAGUAUCCUGCGGUUGGUCAAUCGACGAGAAGGUGCCUUUGUGGCGUUCACCAUGCUGGCCGUGGUGCUGUUUCCGCUCAACUACUUCUCGGGCUUGCUGUACUAUACGGAUGCAGGGUCAACUUGCUUCGUAUUACUGUGCUAUCUGCUGAGCCUUAGACGCCAGCACAUCGCGAGCGCUGCCGCUGGGGUGAUAGCCAUUUUGUUCAGACAGUCCAAUGUGCUGUGGGUGGCCUUCACUGCCGCCAAUUGUGUGAAUGCCUAUCUCAGCACCCGCGUAAAACUCGACAUAGCUCGAAGGUACCCUCUGACGCGCAGGACUCGUUCAGGCGCGUCUUCAGCCGUAAACGGCACGCAUCCUGCUACCAUGGCAAAGCACAGCACCGUGCAGCUGACCUCCUUCGUGCGUGUACUCUUGAGACAUCCCGUGGAGAUUAUACGUGUGUUCUACAUGUACGUCGCAGUGGGUGUGGGCUUCCUGGCCUUUGUAGUCGGCAAUGGGGGUAUUGUGGUGGGUGAUAAGAGUAACCACGCCGCUUCUCUACACGUUUCGCAGCUAUUGUACUAUGUACUCUUCACCGGUGCGCUGUGCGCGCCUACUUUGCUGCAGGCAGUGGUCAACCAUGCCAUGGCCGAGAAAGCGCCCCUCCUAACUGUGCGGAAUCUGUUGGUUUUUGGCGCACUCACGAUGGGUUGUGCGGCUGUGCUUUACCACUUCAAUGUUGAACAUGAAUUCCUACUAGCAGACAACCGUCACUUCACCUUCUAUAUCUGGAAGCGCAUUAUCGGGCACGAAACUUGGCGAUAUGUCCUCACUCCAGUAUACGCUUUGGGGAUCCUCUCCGUGUGGAUAACACUCAGGCCACAGGGCGCUGUGUUCCGAACUGUUUUCUUGGCAGUGGUAGCUGCAGUGGUGAUUCCACAACGACUGCUCGAAUUCCGAUACUUCAUCGUCCCGUAUAUCAUGUUCAGACUCCAUUUGCAACCGGGGCCAGCUGAUAUGCGGGUGACUGACCCGUUCCGCUUGGUUGCACCUAUACUGUUGGAACUGGCUAUCUGCUCAGCUAUUAACGUACUAUCUUUAUACGCCUUCCUGUUUUUGCCUUUCUCAUGGGGUGGAUCCGACGAUGUGCAACGUUUCAUGUGGUAGUGUAUAUGUAAUUGAAAGUACAUUAAGCAUGCAUGCGUUGGGUUACUUAGCUAACCUAUGCGCUAGAGUAAGAGAACAAUAAAUCAU